AUGAGGGUACCUCGUGGUAUAGGAAUCGUAUUCAUAGCCACAAUAUCAUUAGCACUGGUUGCUGCUUUGAUUCUUGUGAUUGUUUUGGUUUCACGAGGUUCAGAUCCAAGUCAGUUUUUUCUUACAUAUAUUCCGAUUUUCAUGAUGAUUUUAAAGGUACGCUUCCAUCAAGAACAAUAACAAUAGGAUUAUGUAACGGAGUUGAUGGUUAUUCUUCAGCUUCGAGUAAAUCAUUCCGAUUUAAACGUGACGUAUCUGGAUGUAAUUUUGAUACGGUAAGUUUAAGUUGAAAUAUAUUCCAAGUAAAAUAUCUGUCAAUUUUUGAAACAUAUUCAGAUCAAACAAAAUGCAUCAUCAUUUUUGCAACAAGCUGAUAGUACAAGUCAAUAUCGUAUUAUGAGUUAUUCAUCGGAUUCAACUGUAAGUCAUAAGUUUUUCUAUUGACGAUGAGUACUACUUUUGAAAAAUUCCAGAUUUCUGAACCUGUCUCUCAAACUGUUGCUCUCUCAUAUUUGCAAUCUCUGAUCAUCGGCACAUCCAAAGGAAUCAGUCAAUCAAGGUAUUUUCUGACAUUAAGAUUUCUGAAAAUCAAUCAAUUUCAGAGCUAUGCAAUCAUAUCAAUCAUUAACCGAUACUGGCACCAAAGAUUUGGUAUUCUUCGCGCCAUGUUCAACAGAUUAUGCGUGAGCUUAGCGUUUAAUUUUCCAGGUGAAAAUUAUUUUUUCAGUGAUUUUGAUACCGAUAAGACAAACAUCACAAACGUUUUGAAUGCGGUUGAUAAAAAUGAAAAAUAUGUUAUUAUUUCAACAACUAUGAAUGCAUCAGCUAUGAAUCAAGUUUAUGGAGAGAAUAAUCAUAAUAUUGCAAAUGAUGUGACUAAUAUCACUCAAUCAAUUAACAGUGCACUUGGAUUAACAAGUAAGAUUUGGUGGGCGGGAAAAGGGGUUAAGGUUGUGGAUUCGAAAAUUAUAAUUUGAACUCUACAUAAAUUAGAUCUACAUAUAUGUAGAUCCAAUUUGUCAAGGAAUCGUCCCUUCAAAACUUCUAUGCCAAGUAGUCCAGCUUAGAGAAGCUAGUUCUCCAGUAGCCUCGCCUAUUGAGCGUAGUGAGCUACUUUUGAGCUCAAAAAAUUCCGAUUUGGUUUUUAUCUAAAAGUUUACUCUGGCUGACAAUUGUGAUUAGUGUUAGGAAACAAUUUAUCUCUGGCCUGAAAAUCCUGAAUUUUUAGGAAUCAAUAUAAAAUAUAUUUUAAAAUGUUUUAACAAAUCAUUUUUUCCAGCUACAACAACCCAAACGCCAUCAACGACAACUCCAACAAGUACGAAUCAGCAGAGCACCUCCAGUGAAGUUACCACACCACUCCCCACCCAAACCCCUCCCAUCACAUCCCGACCCAUCUCAAGCACCACCCAUGUCCCAAUUAAAACCAGUGUCAACCCCAUGACCUCAGCCCAUACCACAACAACUAAAAAAAGCCCAACAACUACCACCAAGGGAAAAUCUACGAUUACUAGUUCUACAAAAAAUGUGGCUACUUCUUCUAGUAGUGCUCCAACUUCGCAAUCUUUUUCAACUACGGUUGAAACAACAUUGAAAAGUUCCACUGUUCCUCAAACUAGUUCCUUACCAUUAACAUCGACUGCUGGACCAUCAAGUACUGUGAAGCAACAAACUUCGAGCUCUGUUUCUUUGAGUUCGACAACUAUCCUAACAAAAACAUCUACUGUAUCUCAAACCAGUUCAAUCGGAACUACGCCAUCUGGAAGUUCGACUUCUUCGAGCACCAUUCCAGUUGUAACAACAUCAGCAAGUGGAAGUUCAACCGUUCCAUCAACAAAAAAUCCAGGAACGACAGUAGUCAGCUCAACACCACAAUCAAGUUCAAUCGGAACAACUGCCCCUGGAAUUUCAACUAUUGUGUUAACUUCAACGCAAUCCACUCAAGCUGGUUCAAGUUCUGCGGGAACCUCUCCAGUAACAUCAACUUCUGGACCGCAAUCUAGUUCAGUUGGAACAACUGUUAUUGGAAGUUCGACAGCCUUAGCUGGUAGUUCGAGCCCUGUUCCGUCAACAUCGAUAGGAACAACUGUUUCUGGAAGUUCCACUUUUGCGUCAAAAUCAACGCAAUCCACGCAAGCUGGUUCAAGUUCCGCGGGAACCUCUCCAGCAACAACAGUAGUCACAUCAACUUCUGGGCCACAAUCUAGUUCAGUGGGAACAACUAACUCUGGAAGUUCAACGAUUUCUGGAUCUAGUUCAAGCCCUGUACCAUCAACAUCGAUUGGAACAACAGUAGUCACAUCAACUUCUGGACCGCAAUCUAGUUCAGCCGGAACUACUAUUUCUGGAAGUUCAACAUUCUCAGCUGGUAGUUCGAGUCCCGUACCAUCAACAUCUACAGGAACAACUGUUUCUGGAAGUUCCACCUUUGCUUCAACAUCAACGCAAUCCACUCAAGCUGGUUCAAGUUCUGCGGGAACCUCUUCAGCCACAACAGUAGUCACAUCCACUCCUGGACCGCAGUCAAGUUCAGUGGGAACAACUUCUAUUGGUAGUUCAACAUCCUCAGCUGGUAGUUCGAGUCAUGUACCAUCAACGUCGAUUGGAACAACUGUUUCUGGAAGUUCAGCUCAAACUACCUCCGUGGGAACCUCUCCAGCAACAACAGUGAUCACAUCCACUCCUGGACCGCAAUCUAGUUCAGCCGGAACUACUAUUACUGGAAGUUCAACGAUCUCGGGAUCUAGUUCAAGCCCUGUACCAUCAACAUCGAUAGGGACAACAGUAGUCACAUCCACUUCAGGACCGCAAUCUAGUUCAGUGGAAACAACUAAUUCUGGAAGUUCAACGCUUUCUGGAUCAAGUUCAACUCCUGUACCAUCAACUUCAAUUGGAACAACAGUAGUCACAUCCACUUCUGGGCCACAAUCUAGUUCAUCUCAAACCACUGUUAUUGGAAGUUCAACGCUCUCUGGAUCAAGUUCAACAGUAUCAGGAAGCUCAUCUGGUACUACUCCUAGUAGUUCGACUAUAACUGGAUCAAGUUCAUCAACACCAGUCCUGACAACUAUUUCUUCUGGAACAACAGUUCCACAAUCUAGUUCAGCAGGAACCACUGCUUCCGGGUCUUCAACUGUAACACCAAUCGGAACAACAGUUUCAGGAAGUUCUACAGCAUCUUCACAAACGGGAACAUCAUCCGGAUCCACCCAAGCUGGAACCACCAAUUUGUACUCAUCAACAACUCCUGUUGGACAAUCAAGUUCAGCUGGAACAACAAUUCUAGGAAGCUCAACAUCAUCUAGUUCAACUCAAGCUGGAAUUACUGGAUCAUCGACAUCUUCUGGAUCCACCCAAGCUGGAACAUCUGGAUCUACAAUUCCCCAAUCCAGUACUACCACUUCCCUCUCUUCCACCACCCCAGAACCCACCCAAAUUUCCCAAAGUUCAACUUCUGGAUCGACAGCAUCGUCGGGCACCACAAUUGUAACAGGUGAAACAAAUUUGUGAUGUUUUUUGUGUUGUUUUCCACUUCCUUAAUUGUUCACAAUCUCUUUUCAACAAAAUACAUGUAGAAUAGAAUAUUAUCUGAAAAGGCUUCUGAAAUAUUCUCCCGAGUUACCUGUCGAAGUUCAAGCAAGUCUAGGAUUCUAACCGUUGAUUUUUCAGAGUCAACAUCUCCAAGUUCAAAUGCACCAACUUCUCAAAACCCAGUGACAAGCCAACCAUCAUCAGCGGCUCCAAUGACAUCAGUUCCAACUUCAAAACCAACCACAAAUGCUGCAACAACACAAUCUGUUCAAACAUCGACAGUUGCUGGAAGCACACAAGGUUCAACUCCAGUUAUCAGCAGUACAAUCUCAUCUAGUUCGGGAACUACAGUAGUUGGCUCAACCGCAGUGCCGAAUACUGGAAGCACUUCAUCGCAAUCUUCAACUGUCGCUGGAAGCACAAUCUAUCAAUCUUCAAGUUCGGGAACUACUGUAGCUGGUUCAACUUCUUUACCAAAUACCGGAAGUACUUCUUCACAAACAGCCGCUGGAACAACAGUUCAAGGAUCAACCACAGUGCCAUCAACUGGAAGUACUAACCAGCAAACAUCAACAGUUUCUGGAAGCACUGCAUCUGGUUCAACUAACAUGCCGAAUACUGGCAGCACAAAUCAACAAACAUCGACGGUUGCAGGAACUACUGUAACUGGUUCAACUAUCAUUCCGAAUACCGGAAGUACUUCUUCACAAUCAUCAACAGUUGCGGGAUCAACUGCAACUCAAGGAUCAACAACAGUUGCAGCAACUGGCAGCACAAACCAACAAACUUCGACCGUUUCUGGAAGCACUGUAGCCUCGUCAACUAUCUUGCCAAACACUGGUAGCACGCCUUCACAAUCUUCUACUGUUGCUGGAUCAACUGUAACUCAAGGAUCAACAACAGUUUCAGCCACUGGCAGUACAAAUCAACAAACAUCAACUGUUUCUGGAAGCACAUAUUCUGGUUCAACAGCUGCACCUAACACUGGCAGUACAAUUAUUCAAUCAUCCACAAUUUCUGGAAGCACAGUAUCUGGAUCUACUUUGGUCCCAGCCACUGGUAGCACAAAUCAACAAACAUCGACCGUUUCUGGAAGCACAUUUUCGGGAUCAACUGCGGCACCUGCUACUGGAAGCACAGUUAUUCAAUCCUCAACAGUCUCUGGAAGUACCGUGUCGGGAUCAACCGCGAGUGGAAGUACAAUCCAACAAACUUCAACCAUUUCUGGAAGCACAUAUUCUGGUUCAACAGCUGCACCGAACACAGGCAGUACCGUUAUUCAAUCGUCGACAUCUGCUGGAACAGGAUCAACAGCUGCCCCUAACACUGGAAGUACAAUUUCUCAAUCAUCAACAUCUUCCGGAAGCACAAUUUCAGGAUCAACAGCUGCCCCUAACACAGGCAGUACUGUUAUUCAAUCGUCGACAUCUGCUGGAACAGGAUCAACAGCUGCACCAAAUAUUGGAAGCACAGUCCAACAAACUUCAACCAUUGCUGGAAGCACAUAUUCCGGUUCAACCGCUGCACCAAAUACUGGAAGUACCAUUAUUCAAUCAUCAACAUCUUCCGGAACUACUGUAUCAGGAUCUACAAUUCAACAAACUUCAACAAUUUCUGGAAGCACAUAUUCCGGUUCAACAGCUGCACCAAACACUGGCAGUACUGUUAUUCAAUCAUCGACAUUUGCUGGAACAGGAUCAACAGCUGCUCCCAACACGGGAAGUACAAGCUCUCAAUCGUCGACAGUUUCUGGAAGUACCGUGUCAGGAUCAACCGCAAGUGGAAGUACAAUCCAACAAUCUUCCACAGUUUCUGGAAGCACAUACUCCGGUUCAUCCGCUGCUCCCAACACUGGAAGUACAAGCUCUCAAUCGUCGACAGUUUCUGGAAGUACAAUUUCGGGAUCAACAGCUGCACCAAAUACUGGAAGUACUGUUAUUCAGUCGUCGACAGCCUCUGGAAGUACUAUCUCGGGAUCAACAGCUGCUCCCAACACUGGAAGUACAAGCUCUCAAUCGUCCACAGUUUCUGGAAGUACCGUGUCAGGAUCAACCGCAACUGGAAGUACAAUCCAACAAUCUUCCACAGUUUCCGGAAGCACUAUCUCAGGAUCAACAGCUGCACCAAAUACUGGUAGCACAGUCAUUCAAUCAUCGACACCUCCCGGAAGCACUAUCUCAGGAUCAACAGCUGCUCCCAACACUGGCAGUACUGUUAUUCAAUCAUCGACAUCCGCUGGAACAGGUUCAACAGCUGCAAGUACAAUCCAACAAUCUUCUACUGUUUCGGGUAGCACAAUAUCAGGAUCAACAGCUGCGCCUAACACUGGAAGUACAAUUUCUCAAUCAUCAACAUCUUCUGGAAGCACUAUCUCAGGAUCAACCGCAACUGGAAGUACAGUCCAACAAUCAUCCACAGUUUCUGGAAGCACUGUAUCAGGUUCAACAGCUGUGCCUAACACCGGAAGCACAAUUUCUCAAUCAUCAACAUCUUCUGGUAGCACCGUUUCUGGAUCGACAGCUGUUCCUAACACAGGCAGUACUGUUAUUCAAUCGUCAACAUCUUCAGGAAGCACUGUAUCAGGUUCAACAGCUGUACCUAACACUGGCAGUACCAUUAUUCAAUCAUCGACCAUUUCUGGAAGCACUGUAUCUGGAUCCACUGUGGCACCAGCAACAGGUAGUACAAUCCAACAAUCAUCCACAAUUUCUGGAAGCACUUUAUCAGGUUCAACAGCUGUGCCUAACACUGGAAGUACAAUUAUUCAGUCAUCAACAUCUUCCGGAACUACUGUAUCAGGAUCGACAAACGUUCCAGUAACAGGAAGCACAUCUUCACAAUCAUCAACAGUUUCUGGAAGCACAGUGCAAUCGACAACUUUCUCUCCCACAUCUACACCUUUGCUUUCAACAACACCCGCAACACGUGAGUUAUUUUGCAAUUUCUAUUUCAAAAAAGUAAUUAUGUUCAUUUUUUCAGUGAAAAACAUCACUUGCCUCAUUUUAUUUGACGCCCUCACCGCUGGAAAUGAUAAAACCAUAAAUGAUGCGGUAAAUUUCAAAAACAAAUCACUGAAGUAAAAUCACGACAUGUUACAGAAUCGAGCUUUUGCGAAAUCAGUCGGAGAUCGUUUGUUCAAUGUUUCCAAUUUUGCUGGACAAAUGUAUCAAUUUGGAUAUAGUAAUGAUUUAACAGAUGAGGGUAAUCCAGAAUGGAAUGCUUAUGAUAAAAGUAACUUUGAUUCCAAACAAGUUGACUAUGAUACCGAAAUCGAUAUCAAUAUUUCUGAGUUAGUUUAAUAUCUCAGCUAGAAAAUAUUCGUUUUGUUUUUUCAGCAUCAACCCAAUUUUCACAGCAUCAUCUUGGUCAAUUAAACCUACAUCUCCAACUUGUGCGAUAAUCAUUUCAGCGUGAGUAGAAAUUCAGGCUCUAACUGGCAAAAAAGGGUUUUAAGGAAAACCUUUCGCUCAGAUUGAAAUUCAUAAGUUUUUUUCAAUUUUUUAGGUACACUGAUGCAAUCAAUCCCGCACUUCAGAACAAUUAUAAUGCAUUUGAUCAUGUUAUCGGUGUAACUAUUCGAGGUAACCCACACAUCUAAACCUUUUUCAUAAUUGCAAAAUUUACAGAUGCUACCGAUGUAACUGGUGUUACAAAUAUUGUUUCUGCAUCUAAAAUGUCAGACGAUGAUGUUAUUAACGUUGCCAAUGCAGUUCUACAGUAUGCUGUAUAA